AAUGCAUUACGCUAUGUCUCAACCUUUGACCUUAGUUUUGGCGGCAACUAACUUUUGGAACCAUAUAAAUUUUGCGCUUUUCUCUUUUUCGAUACAUCCAUUCAUCCCCAUAAAAGUGCAAUGGAUGACAGUGACAGUGAGUCAGUGGCCGACAGUCAGACCACGGACAUCAGCAACGCAAUGGAUGACAGUGACAUCGAGUCAGUAGAUGACAGUCAUUCCACAACAGACAAAACAGUGGACAACAGUGAGACAGUGGACAACACUAAGGAAAGUCACACUGACUGGUAUCCAGUCUCCUUCCUCCAGAGAUUACAUGACUUCAGGUCGGAGGGUCACCUGGUGGACGUGACCCUGUGUGCUGAAGGGAAGGAGAUCCCGUGUCACCGCCUGGUCCUGUCUGCCUGCUCUGACUACUUUUACACCAUGUUCAAUGGAGCCCACUGUGAGAGUAAGAAGGACAAGAUAGAGAUAGGAGGGGUGAGUGCAGAGGCACUACAACAGCUGGUGGACUAUGCCUACACUUCUAAGAUCACCAUCACCUUUGAUAACGUCCAGCCGCUGUUUGAAGCAGCUAACAUGCUGCAGGUUAAGGGAGUUGAGGACAGGUGUGAAAAGUUUCUGACGAACAACCUGAGCCCUGAGACAUGUUUGGUAACUUGGGUAUUGGCAGACAAGGUGUCCAGUGAACCCUUGUUGGAGAGGGCAAAGAUCUACACUCUAAAACACUUUGAAGACGUUUGUGUAAUGGAGGAGUUCCUUGAGCUACCUGUUGACUUUCUUAAGACGUGCAUCUCAGAUGAUGGUCUUCAUGCUAAGAAGGAAAAACGAGUGUUGGAGGUGGUCAUGCUUUGGGUAAGACAUCUUAAAGAACGUCAAACUCACCUCAAGGAGUUGUUGGAGUGUGUUCGCUUCCCACAUGUGGACCGAGAAUAUCUCAAUGGCAUCUUGGAGACAGACAAGUUGCUAGCAGGGGUUUCUGCGAUUAACGAACUGACGCAGGAUCAAUCUAGACAUGCUAGACCUCGUCAUAUCCAAGGGGAAAUUCUUGUUUUCGGUGGCCUCACACGUAGCGUUAAACCCAAACCAGGAGAUGAUUAUGACAGUAAUGAUGACAUGUACAAACUUACCCUCAACUGUGACUGUGUUGACAUUUCUCCAUUGCCCCCAAUUAUUUGGAGGGCAAGUGCAGCUUGUGUUGUUAACGGUGAUGUUUUCAUAACAGGGGGGGCAAAUGCCCGAUGUCAUGCAUGGCGGUACAAACCGUCUGUUGACUCUUGGACUAACCUGGGGCCCCUUGUUAACAAAGAGAGACUUGUAAAUAGUAUGGUAGCUUUGCAGGGACAAGUGUAUGUUGUUGGUGGGGUUGGCACACCUAAAUGGACACCAGUAUAUGAUGUUGAAGUGUACAGUGAAAUGACGGAUAGUUGGAAGCUGGUAGCACCGUUAUUGAAUGAGGGAGUAAAGGAUUUUGGCAUAGCAAGUUUUUGUGACAAAAUCUUUGUGUUUGGUGGAAGAACUGGAAAGUGUACUCUUUUGGACCACAGUCACAACACAGAUGCUGUUCAAUGCUAUGACCCAACCCAAAAUGUGUGGACUUAUGCUGCACCAUUACCAAAUCCAAUGCAGGACAUCGCAGCAUGUUCAGUUAGCUCUAAGAUCUAUUUAGUUGGAGGAAUGUUAGCCCAUGUGCUGUGUUAUGAUCCUCAGCAAGACUGCUAUGAGAAAAUGACUGAUCGACUAAACUUAUGGUCUGAAUGUAGUGCAACUACUUGUGGCUCCGACAUUUACAUUAUUGGUGGCUGUGGCCAUGAUGAUCAGUUUCCCCAUGCUACAGUUCAGCGUUACAAUGUGACGAGUGAUACCAUGGUUUUACUAAAGGACUUCCCUAUUACCAUCUUUAACCACAUCAGUGUAAUAGUACCCAAAGCAUAAGGUGGCAAACCAUAAGGUGGAAUUAUUAGUUCUGAGUGUGAUGUUAGCCUCCCCCACCGGCCGCUCUUUGGGUGCUGGCAUAAGUUGUUUAUUUUUUUGGGGGGGGGAUUGCAUUUCCAACACAUCGUGGCCAGGUUUUGCACACAAGUGACUAAGCCAAUGCCGCAAAGAGAGGCUACUGGAUGAGAAUAGCAAGAUUCAGAGUCAGAGCAAUGUCACUUACUUGUAGAUUUGAAGUUGAGUUGUUGGCUACAAUAUUAAGGUAGCAUGUAGAGUUCCCUGUCCCAGAUAGUCCAUAGGUGAAUACUAAUAGUCGUUUUUAUAUUCAAUUUUUUUAUUGCUUGAUUGCCCUUCAAUUUAUUGAUUGACUUACUAACAGAUCUGAAUAUUUCUGAUAGAAAUGUACUAUAGGAAAGGAUAAAUUACAGUAAUACAUUGGGGCUUAAUGUGAGAGAACGUUUUAAUUCACUUUUAUUAUGAACGCGAUUUCUUUUAACCAGUCCACCUAAGUUGCUAGCUACAUGUCCUAAAUUUAUGGAAGAAAUGCAGUACUUAAAACAUUGUGUACUAAAUGUAAAGAAUAGUUGUUUAGUAAAUACUUCAAUGUAACAUAUGCCAACAUUUCAGGGAUAAGGCUUGUUGUUAAUUAGCAGAUCAGGCAAAAGAUAAAUCUAAGGCUAGCAUUUAUUAACAUUUCAGGUGAACUAUGUACAUAUUAUUACUAGAGGAAUGCAAUAAAGCUAAGAACACAAA